AUGUCGCCUGGAAGAAGUAAUCUGACAUCCCGUUUGGAAGCGUCCGCUUUCAGAACUAUAUCACUCAACCACGUCAUAAUCCCAUGCAGAUGGAAUCUCGACUCGGCAAAGGCAGCUUUAGAGAGUGCUGUGCCACCCUUGGAUCUCGCGGCAUACAAGACUGCGCGCUCGUCUGGCAACAAUGCUCAAGCUUUGGCUGCCCUCCAGGCUCUCCCAACUUUGAAUAACUUUGUGGUUCCUCCCCGCGAUUUCGGUUCACUCCUUUCAGUACUGGACCAGACGGGAAAAGCGUUUCAGUAUGAGAUCGGCAAUCCUCUCACAGCUUUGAGUAUGGCUAGAUUUGAGCUCGGAAUUGCUCUAUAUGCACCAAUACGAGUACUUCUGCGGCAGACAUCACUAGGAGGGGCAGUCUUUGAGUUUGAUCGGCCUAUAGAUACAAUGGGCCAAUUUGGAAACUCGAGGGUUGACAAGAUCGCCCAGGAUUUGGAUCGCGACCUGACACAGGUGCUCGUUCAAGCCGCCGGAUGGAAAGAGUUUGGUGAUUGGGAUACGAGACAUUCAAAACUCUGA